GGCUUCGCAUUAUUUUCUUACCAAACCAUCAAAGUAUUGUCUUUUGAUUUCUUGAUAUCUUAUAAGAAUUAAGUUUUUGUACACUUUGAAAUGAUUAAGUUAAUCGGAUGGGUCAUCUGGAUCUACAUUGCAGCUUCUCUAGUUGUGCGCCCAGCUGUAGCUAUGGUACCCGAAGAAAUAAUGGAGGUCGCUUGCGCUGAGGAUGAGCAUUGCCAUUAUUACGAAACGGAAAAUGUUACAUCGUCCUGCGUCCAUGGCUUGUGCCAUUGUUUCAACAACCAAACGAAUGUGAAUGUUACCUGUGAACCGAACAUUCUCCACACGACUAACAUAAUCGGUGGUAACUGUCCUUGCAUGCUCCCACAUGCCGAAUGUCAUCAAGCGGACUAUCUCUGCUACUGCGAGGACGACUAUGUACCUACAAUAGACAGAAGACGGUGCAUACCAAAACAAGUACCAUUGGGCGAACCAUGCGAAAGUGAUGAACAAUGUCUGUUUUCAACUGUAUUCAGUCACUGUGAUGGGAGCACAAGAAACUGUUCAUGCGAUGCUGGCUUUUUAAGGAAUGACUCCAUAUGUCUAUCGCAAACCAAGCUCAGAGCCAAAUGUGACGACAGAAUGAGUUGCACACAACAUGGACAGCACAAAAUUUGUUUACCAGAAGUAGGAGAGUGUGUUUGUGAACAGGGCUAUGUAAGUGCAAACACUUCGGAGGAAUGUCUACCGGGACGAAAACUCCACGAAGACUGUCAAGAUGCGAGCCAAUGCUAUGCUUUUAUGGGACCAGGUGCUACCUGUGAGAACGGCAAAUGUCAGUGUAGGGUGGAAUAUACAAUUGUGACGAGAAAAACCAAGGAAAACCGCUAUAGUAUUGCCUUGGAAAAAAUCUGCGCGCCCUUAGCGGAAGUCGGCCAGUAUUGCACUCUUAAUGAGCACUGUCACAAUGGACCUGAAGACGAGGAUGAGCAGUUGAUGGAAUGCGAUCACGGCGAAUGUGCUUGUCGGUUUGGCCUCAAAAACAAAGUACCCUGCAGCUCCACGGCUUCAAGUGUGAAAAUUAAAAAAAUUUUGCUGUGUAUUAUAUUGGCGAUGACGGGUUUGCAAAUGCAUGUAUGAAAUGGGAAGCUCAAAAGACUCGCAGUGCCUAAACAGUAUUUAUUUUGAAAAAGUAAAAUUAAUAUAAAAUUAGUAUUUGGAAUGUGAGAUAUGUAUUUGAAAAGUUAUUUCGUGAUCAGACUGUUUUAUGUGAAAUAUUAUUAUUUAAAUGAAGUAAUUUUCUUAUAGAAUA